CCUAGAUCGUAUUGUCUACAACAAAAUAAUGGAUGAUUCUUAACACGGGAGUUUUGUAACCGAAAGACAUGUUGAAGAUGUCUCACGAAUUGCGGAACGGAAAGCGCUCUCAACAUGAAUUGCAUUGCCCUCAUCGAUCUAUCGUCAUCCUUAACCAGCAGCUCUAGACAAGCAGCUCUGGACAGGCAGCUCUGGACAGGCAGCUCUGGACAAUCUUGAGUGUAACACCACAGACGCCAUCAGCAAGAUGAACGACGUGGCAAACAGACCAGGCUAUCAACCCCCCGCCGCAAGGCAUCCAUUGCACAUCCAUCCAUCAUCUCACCCAAACAUCGCCAUCCCGCCUCCCCAAAAACAAAACGAAAAACAUAGAAUAAAAAAAAAGAAGUUCAAUAACCACCAUUAUUGGUUCCCCGACGCCCCCGAUGCGCCUCCUUAGUAAUAAUAAAGCAGAAGCAGAAGCAUAAAAAGCACAGAAGUGCCCUCCAUCAUAACCAUCC